AUGAAGCGACUCGUCGUGAGUACCUGGGAGACUUCUGGCCUCCUCUUGUGGUCAGACCUCAAAGUCAGCUUCUCGCACAUCAUCAUCGACGAAGCUGCUCAGAUGCUCGAGCCUGCUGCUCUGCUGCCUCUCUGCCUUGCCAGCAGCGUCACCAACGUGAUCCUGUCUGGCGACAGCGAGCAGAUCGGGCCGAAGGUCUUGUCGAAGCUCGCUCGCUCCCAUGGCCUCGGAGUCUCAGUCAUCGAACGAUUGCUGCAGACGGAGUGGUACAAGCAAGAGCACAAGCUGUGGACGCAGCUGCUGGUCAACUACCGCAACCAUCCGGACAUAGUUGCCCUCUCUUCUCGCCUCUUCUACGAGGGGAAGAUUCAGUCAGCAGGCCUCUUGGACGUCAGCUGGUUGUCCAGGUGGAACUUCAUGCCCAACAACAACAAGUUCCCCGUCCUGUUCCUUGACGUUCUCGGAAACGACCGUCAAGAUGUUGACUCGCCAUCCUUCUUCAACGUGUCCGAGGCUGAGAGCAUCACGAGCAUCCUCGUGGACCUGCUGAGGAACUGCCGCCCCAUGAUCAGCGCAGAAGAUGUGCAGGUGAUAUCAGGGCAUAGGAAGCAGAUCGAAAUUAUCCGCAAGCUGCUGAGAGAGCAUCCCAACGAUGCGCUGCAGCUGAGCCGAGUGAACGUGGGGCCGGUCGAGUCGAUUCAAGGGCGAGAAAAGAAGGUUGUUAUCAUAUCAACGGUACGCGCCUCCGAGGAUUGGCUCGCCAGCGACUUGUACAAGGACGAGGGGUUUGUGUUCAACCCGAAGCGCCUCAACUCAGCCAUGGGUCGAGCCUCGCAGCUCCUCUGCUUCGUCGGGCAUGCCAAGUUGCUCGCA